UUUUUCCAAAUGUUCUUGAUUUUUUUUUUCACCUCUUUGGAUUUCUGAGCGCCUUCAAAACACUGAGUUCAAACUUUAAACACUCAAGCCUCUGUCUCUCUUUGCUCCAUGAUAUUCAGAGGUGUUUGCACUUCAUUCCCAGUUAUAAAAUAAUAAUAAACAUGAUAAAAAUCCAAACUAACGAAUGACCCGCCUGGUGCGUAAUCUUCGUCUUUUUGGCCCAACAAAGAUGUCACCAUGUCACCUUUUUAAACAUCAUCUUCAGCAUGAGCUGAGUAAAAACAAUAAGAAACAUUUAAUAUUUUACAGUUUAAAUAUUUCCACAGAGUGAGACAUGAAGGGAGGGCUCUUACCGACACACUCGUUGGCCUCUCGUGCCGUGGCGCGCUGCCAGGGUCGGUCGUAGUGGAAAGGUUUGCACCUGUCGCACUCCGGCCCCGCCGUGUUGUGUUUGCACUCACACACCAGGUUCCCCUCCCGGUCCUUCACGCACUUUGACGCGUGCCCGUUGCACUUGCAGCGGCCGCCGACCUGCAGGUCCGACACGGCGUAAAAGUAGGAGUCUCGCGCCAGCUCCGAGUCGUCUUCGUUCUCGUCCCCGAAGGUGUGCAGCCGGCUGAAGAUCACCUUGAUGUCUGUGGCCGUGACCCAGUCCUGCAGCACCGGGGAGUUGUCGAAGUCGUGCGCGGAGGGUCUCCCGUCCAGGGUGCUGAAGGCGAUGAGUCCCCCGCUCAGAGGGUGCAUGUCGGUGUGGGAGUCCGUGCAGAUCGCCUCCUGCUCGUUCUGUUUGGUGAUCACAGCUUUGUUCUGCCGGUUGAACAUUUUCUUACACUGCGUGGAGUAAUACUGAAACGGCACCCACGACUUCCCGUAGUCCAUGGACUUGUAGAUCGCCAUGGACUCGGGUCUGGGUGAGCAGAACUGCAGGCUCACAUAGGUCACCUCAAACUUCUUCCCCAGCGACAAGGUGAGCGUGACGUUCUGUGGGUGCUGCAGGUAGUUCUCAGAGUGCCAGCACGUGAGGUUGUGCGGGUUGUUGAGGUCCGUUAAAUACGCAGGAGGAUGAGACUUCUUGGGGUCCCCGGCGUCGCACGUGUGACAGUCCCGGGUCCUCUCCUCUCCCUUCUCGGUCACCACGCAGUACCUGGCGGUGGGGGUCCCACAGGUGCUGGACACGCGCACGUCCUUCCCGAAAGCGGAGUUGACGAAGUCCGGGAUGCAUCUGCGCGGGUUUGCGUUCUCAUCAUAGCACGGAUCCGGAGGGGAGGACUGAGCCGCGAACAUGCUGAGCCCGUACCCCCCUAAGACCCCCUCCGCCAGGGCUGACACUGCCACCAAGGUGACCCACACCUCCAGGAUCCUUUGCAUUGUAAUCCGAGCUCCACGGGGACUGAGCCGCUGAAAUGUAAAGACACAAAAUUAAUCUGUGAAAACAAACAGAACCAACACAAGCUGGAGAAAUGAUGGAACAGACAAAAUGUGCAGAAAGAUCCUUACGAGGCAAAGAAAACUCCACCCAGGACACUACCUCCAAAUAAAGUGCUCAGAAUAAAAGAGACCUCCUGAGAAUCUCAAGCACAAACUCUCCUUUACGCACGAAAAACUCCUUCUACUCUACUCCAGCCUCGGGGUUUGAAAUCCCUGAAUCAAAAUAAGAAAUGGCAAAAGCCCAGCAGCCUGUGUGUGUCCACUCAGUCACACCUCUGCCCACCUCUAUCUCUGUCUGUCCCAUUCCUCUCUGUUAUAGUAGAAGAAAAGGGGGUCCACUCAAUCACAGGAGACGGAGCCUUUUCUAUCUGAGGAGGGAAACCUGGAGAGGGAGAGCAAGGGCGACAUCUGCUGGAGGAUCAUCUGAACUACAACAUCAAACAGUUGAGUUCCUAUAGCUCAUCACAGAGACUCCUUCAGUUCCUGUUUUUGCGGCGCAUGCUCUCCUGACUCUGAGUCUGUUGUUAAAGCAGCAGCACAGGAGGAUGUGGUCUCUGUAUUGUUUCCCUCUGCUGACAUGUCUCUGCUCGGACCUGGGAUGAUUUAGGACGCUCAUGAAGAAGAGGACGCAGGAGAUGGAGCAGAGCGUGUGCACGGAGGAUCGUAUCGAGCACAUCCUGGGGCGCUGCCUCUCUGACCUGGGCGUGAAGACUCCUGACAAACAGCUCUGGAACGCUGGGUUGUGUAUAAACAACUGGUGUUUGGAGGAACUCGUGAAGCGAGAUCCCCGCAACUUCCUCAUCCUUCUACAGAAAGUUCUGCAGAAAACAAAAGAGGUGCUGGAGCAGUGUCAGUAUGACCUGGUGGUGCCUCUCACUCUGCUGUUCUCCUCCAGCCUCCUGAAAGCUCCAUACGUGUCUCCAGACCGGGGGAUCCUGCAGGAGGCCUACCUGUUGUUCCACAGCUUCCUGGCGUGGCCUGAGCCCUGCUGCUCCGCCAGUAAACGCCUGCUGAUCAUCAUCCAGGAGGAGCUCAGAGCACCAGGUAUUUCAUUUCAGAGGCUGAUCAGAGCCGAGCAGGGGGUUUCUCCAGAGGUCCACUGCUCUAAGACCAUAACCCUCCUCUUGGUGAGCCCGGAUGAGGACGUCCCUCAGGAGGUCCAGUCCGUCUCGGAGCAGCUGAGCAGGACCCAAAACUCCAGCAGAGACGUUGCCAUCCUCCUCAUCCUGCAAGGCUUCCAGGCUGUUCUAGGCCCCCAAAAACUAGACCUGCCUGCUCUCCACGAUGCCUUGCAGACGAAGCAGCCGGAGGAGCUGCAGCGGCUCGUGGAGGCGGUGACCGACUGCAUGGAGAGAGCGGCGUCCACAGGAGACCUCGGCUCAGCGAGACAGGAUCUGCUGCACAGCAUGGAGAGGCUGAGAGAGAGUCUCUGUGGUCCUGCGAAGAACUGCAGAGGUACAGGGUCGGCUGAGACGUUCACGCUGCCCUUCCCAAAGUGUCACACCUGCAGCUGGGAGAACGACAACUUUGACAUCCUGAAUCAAGUCCUCUCCAUCGAGUCCGACCUGGAUUCACCUCCAGACUGCUUCCUGAAGACGGACGAGGAGGAGGAGGAUAUCGUCAGCAUCAGUGUGGACGAGGAAGACGACCUGGACGCGACCAGAAUCGAGCAGGAGUUUCUCAACAACCGCAUGUCCUCUGCGUCCUCUUCCUCCAGAGACUCGGGUAACUUCCUGUCCUCCAGCUGGUCCGUGGCCACGCUGUCCUCGUCAGGCGUGGAGAGCGACUUCAGCGAGGACACGACGCACGAGGACACCGAGGAGGGACGGGACAGCCAGCCGAGGCUGAGGAAGAAACCGAAGAAGAAGUCCAGGUCUCUGCUGGGGGUCGAGCGCUUCUCCUCGCUCUUCAGGACUCCCCGCAGCCCGAGCGUGUGCCGCCGCGCUCAGAGUAUGGGUUACCGUGACGAUUUCACCAAAGACGUUCAAAGAAACGGGUCGCACCUCAAACACUCCAGGUCCCUGUCUAGAAAAGUCCAUCCUCUGCAGACGCCGCCCGCUCCCUCCGCCGACCUCUCCCCUCAGAAGCACGUGUGCGUGCGCAGGAGGCCGAUCCUGAGCUGCGACUCGGGCGACGUGGCCGCGGCGCCCACGCUGGUCAAAGUGGUCGUGUUCGGAGGAGACAGAGAGGCGGGGAGGCUGGCGAGGGCGUACAGCGACCUGCAGCAGAGAGAGAGCAAAUGUCCCAGACUCACCAAGACCUGCAAACUGCAGUUCUACUUUGUUCCCACCAGGAGGAGGACGGCCGGGCGAGCAGGAGGACACACGGCGAGUGAGGGAGGGACGGAGUGUAACGGCAGAGUCUCUGAGGACAGUACGACCGACAUCGCUCAGCUGCUGGGACGGAUCGACCCCUGGUACGAGAGGAACGUCCUCAACCUGCUCAGUCUGUCCUCUGACGUCCUCUGUCAGACAGCCUGUAAGGAAGCCGAUGAGUCAGUGAAUGGCGGCCCCACAGAGCGGCUCCCCCUGCUGGCCGACCUGGUACUUUAUUACUGCAGACAUGCAGAGCAGUCUGUUCUGGUGCAGCUCUACCAGGCUGAGCUGACUCUGGUGGGAGGAGAGAAGAGGAGGGAGGUGUUCAUUCACUCUCUGGAGCUCGGACACACCGCAGGGACCCGAGCUGUGAAGGCCAUGGGCGCUGCCAGUAAGAGGUUUGGGAUUGAUGAAGAGCGGGAGGCCGUGCCUUUAACGCUGAAGGUUUCCUACAACAAGGUGGCGGUCAGUGGGCGGAGUCAGUGGACUCACACAGAGAUGGUCUGCACGUCGAUAAACCUUCACAAAGCCUGCAGGAGACCGGAGCAGCUGGAUUCAAGAUCAGAGAGUCUGCAGCUGACGAUGACAGAGGUCCUGAAGAGGCAGUGCUCCAAGUCUAAGAAGGGCUUCAACCAGCACAUCUCCGUCUGUGAGGUGAAGGUGGACAAGGCGCAGGUGAGCUGUGUCGAAGACGGGAUGACCUUCUCCGUGUGUCUGGACCAGGACCAGAAGAAGUUCCUCCAGAGUGUCACCAGGUGUGACGUCUCUCUGUGCUGCAAACCAGGAAGAAGUUCAGACUGGAGGUCCUACAAACCCUCACCGGGGCAAGUCCAGCCUCUGCACCCGUCCUACUGCUCCCUGCUCUGCCUCCCCAUCACCUCCUUCUCCUCCUCAAACUCUGACACACUUUAAAAACAUGCAGGUGGAAGUUCACCUGCUGAAACACAAGAGGGCGCUGAGGGGAGGUGUCCACUCUCUGCUGACUGAUGACUUGAUUACUCCUGUGUACGACCGGCUCAGUUUACAGGAGAGGAUUAGGGGGAAAAAAUUAAGGUCAAUUUUUUAUUAUCUCUGAAUAAUAAUAAUAAAAAACAAAUUUGA